AUGGAAACGGCAGAACAGGACGCGACGACGACUGAUAAAUUGAAUACGGCAGCGACGCCAACCACAAGUUCGGUGCAAUGGACACAGCAGCCACAACAACGUUCUUACAGAAGCACACGAGGAUUCGGGCGAGUAAUGGACCGGCAUCCGUUACCAUUGAUAGAUGAAAUCUUCUUAGUGUUGCAGAAUGGCGAGAAAUUUUCACAAAUAGAUUUACAGCACGCGUAUAUGCAGAUUCCGGUAGACAAGAAAAGUCAAGACUACCUCACAAUAAUUACACAAAAAGGAUUGUACAAAUACACAAAAAUGACAGAAGGCAUCGUGUCAGGGCCGGGAGACUUCCAGCGAAAAAUAGAACAAUGCUUAGCGGGUAUUGAAGGCGUGAUACCGUAUUUCGACAAUAUAUUUUGCACCAGUAGUAACGACAAGAAACACUGGCAAGCCCUCAAUACGGUAUUUACGCGACUAGAAAAAGCCGGGUUCAAAAUAAACAUAGACAAAUGCGAUUUUUUCAAAGAUCGACUCGACAUUUUGGGAUUCGUAAUCGAUAAGAAUGGACUCCACAAAGCGGAAACAAAAGUCAAGGCAAUGAUUCACGCACCGACACCGUAA